AGCUUCUGGUCAUGGUGGUCCCAGGGAGGCUGUCUCAGAGUAGAAACUGCAAGGCCUUUUGAUCCUAGGAAGGAACCGGCACGUGCCCACAUUCUACUGGUCAAAACAGGUGCCGAAGCCAGUCCUGAUUCAAGGGGAGGGAAGAGAUAUUUCACCUCUUGUUGGGAGGCAUGGCUAAGUCACCUUGCAGAGGAGCAUGGUGACCUUGCUUUGGCCAUCUUUAAAAACAAUGGAUCAGAGUUAGUAGCUCUAGAGCAGAGCCAGGAUUCAAAGUCAGGUGGCUUGGCUAAGAUGCUUUCAUAAUUGCCAUUUCUGAACCAUGGCACGUGUGGGGGACAUGGGGAUGAUGACACUCCUAUAUUUUUUCUUACCUCCGUGCUCCUGCAAUCUCUUUACCUUUUUAGUCUUAAGAAAACAAAAUUCAACUGAGUAGAUUUAAAGAUCUAAUUGGCUUUAUUAAGUGAUUCAUGUGCUCGCUUCAGCAGCACAUAUACUAAACGAUUCAUGAACUGGGCAGCAUCCCAUCUAACAGAAAGGAGUCUCAAAAAGCUGCAGAAAAGCAAAGGUUCCUAAAGGCACAGGAAAGGAGGGACAGGAAGUCAUAAAUGAAAAAAAUGAAUUAUUUCAGGCAAGGUCGCCUACUUUGGAGGGACGAAAGAGUCUAUCAGGUGAAUUAUCUCACUGGCGCUGACCAGGGAAUUCCAAACUGAUUGGAUGAGAUUAUGUUAAAAGGGAAGGAAGGUAGGACUUGCAAUAGGUUAAGUAUUAAGUCUUGGUUUGAUGACACGAACUUAGCACAAGUGACUUGUUGUUUCUUUUUCUUAAACAAGUCUCUGUCUUUCCCCCAGUGUCCGGCUCAGUGGCCUGAACCUAAUGGUGGUUAAAACUACCUAUUCAGGUAGGCCCCUUCAAAGAGAUGGCCCUGAAUGGGCUACUUAACCUCUCCAAGUCUGUUUCCUGAGUGCAAAGUGGGGGCAGUUAUAACACAGAGUACAUCGAGUUGCUCUAAUAUUCCGAUGCAGUACUGCAGAGAAUGUACUUGACACAGUGCUGGUUCUCACUGGGCCCCCAACCUCAGUGCUACUACCACGUGGAAUAACUAUCCAGGAAUGUAUGUUGGGCAUUUAAACAGGGGGAGUAAAUUACCACUCUGCUUCCAGAUGCAAACAACAGAUUUGCAAGCACCAGCUUGGGGAAAUUAUUUCAAAAUACUGGGUAAAUUCUAAGAUAGCAGCUUUCAAAAAGUGAGAGAGAAAAUCAACACGCACAAACAAAUCACGGUCAGUCUUCCUCGGUUCAUUGUUAAUAUCUCACGGUGAGACUGUUGGCUUCUUUCAGGAUGGAAAAACGCUGAUGGGGCGCGGCCAGGUCGCGGGGCGAAAUGGGUGGGGACGUACCUCUGGCCCCUUAGGUCUAGGUCACGUGAGUCUCCUCUUCCUGAGAGGGGCACUCUAAAACUCGCGGUCUGCAGGACACUCGGGACUGCGAGGGGCGAGGGAGAAGGCCGCCUUACUUUUUCCGGACUCGGGAACCCUGAGAGAUCAGUUCUGCCUGCACUCCCAAGCCGGGAAGAGCGCGGUCUGCGCUGCGUGACAGCUUGGCGGGAUUUUCCCUUUUUGUCUCUUCUGAUCAUUUCCAUUGGAACUGGGAUGUGAGUUGAUGGAAAGUAGUUCCAGCUCAGUUUUCAAGUAAGAAACAUGAGACUCACAUGAGCAGGCCCAGAGGGAACAGCUGGUGCCAUGUGGAAGGCACUUUUUUUGCUGGUCUUGUUGGCGCUCAGCCCUGGUGCUGAUGGGCUGUUUCGCUCCUUGUACAGAAAAGCCCAUGUUUCCAGACCACGUAAAGGAAACCCAGGACAGCCAUUAUUUCUGACUCCUUAUAUUGACAGUGGAAAGCUUGCAGAAGGGAGACGGUUGAGCUUGGUACCUCCUUUCCCAGGAUGGAAUUUGACAAGCUAUUCUGGCUACAUCACCGUGAAUAAGACUUACAACAGCAACAUUUUCUUCUGGUUCUUUCCUGCAAAGAUAGAGCCACAGAAAGCGCCAGUUGUCCUUUGGCUGCAAGGGGGGCCAGGAGGCUCAUCCAUGUUUGGUCUCUUUGUGGAACAUGGACCUUACAUUGUCAGAGAAAACAUGACUUUGGGUGCCAGAGACUUUCCUUGGACCACUACGUUUUCCAUGCUCUACGUUGAUAAUCCCGUGGGCACAGGUUUCAGUUUUACUGACCAUGUCCAUGGAUAUGCGAUAGAUGAGGAUGACGUGGCCCGAAACUUAUACAGUGCAUUAGUUCAGUUUUUCGAGUUGUUUUCUGACUAUAGAGACAAUGACUUUUAUGCCACUGGGGAGUCUUACGCUGGGAAGUAUGUGCCUGCCAUUGCCCACUACAUCCACAUACUCAACCCUGUGACGACCAUGAAGAUCAACCUGAAGGGAAUUGCUCUCGGAGACGCGUAUUCUGAUCCCAAGUCGAUCAUAGAGGGCUACCCAUCAUUCCUGUUCCAAAUUGGCUUGUUGGAUGAGCAGGAGAAAAAGUACUUCCAGAAGCAGUGCAACGACUGCGUGAAAUUCAUCCACCAGGAGAAGUGGCUUCAAGCCUUUGAAUUACUGGACCGACUACUAGACGGUGGCUUAAUAAGCGAACCUUCUUACUUCCAGAAUGUUACAGGAUGUUCUAAUUACUACAACCUUUUACUGUGCAUGGAGCCUGAUGACCAAAGUUACUACGGGAAAUUUUUGUCCCUCCCCCACGUGAGACAAGCCAUCCAUGUGGGAAACCAGACUUUUAGUGAUGGAGCCAAAGUUGAAAAGUACUUGCGAGAAGAUACAGUCAAGUCAGUGAAACCGUGGUUAGCUGAAAUCAUGAAUAAUUACAAGGUUCUAAUCUACAAUGGCCAGCUGGAUGUCAUUGUGGCAGCUUCCCUAACAGAGCGCUCCUUGAUGGCCGUGGACUGGAAAGGAUCUCAGAAAUACAAGAAAGCAGAAAAAAAAGUUUGGAGGAUUCUUAAAUCUGAUCCUGAAGUGGCUGGUUAUGUACGGCAAGUGGAUAACUUCUGUCAGCAACCGGAGUCCCAAGGUUUCCAUUCUGGUACCAGUUCUGUCUUCUUGCAGCCGCUUGCCAGAAGGGGACUUCCCACUUUUGGAUUUGUUUUGUUCAAUUGCUUCUCCAUAUUCUCCCCAUUUACCGUGUUUAGACAUAUGGUCCAUUUCAUUAUCUCUGUGUUGGGCGGAAGGAAAAAGCACAACAGAGAACAUGUUAAAUUUCUUAUAGAUUCAUUUUUAUGAGUUUGGCAGUAUCAGUAGGUGGGUUUUUUCUUUUCUUCUUUAAUUAAAAGUUGAAGAAUCACCAAAAAUAUGCAUUAUACUUGUAUGAGAUCAAACAAUGAUAAAUGACUAGCCCUGUGCUUACCAGUCGUUUAGGAAAUGUAGCAUUACCAGCAGCCCAUCCUCGCAGUCCCAUCCUCUUCCCUCACUGGAAGUGAGGUUUACCUGGAGGUAAACCACUGCCCUGCAUUUUGUUUCUACCAUCCUUUUUAAAAAAUUUAUAGUUUUACUACAGAUAAACAUCUCCAUAAACAAUAUUUUACUUUUCGUGUUUAGUUUUACAUAAAAAGAAUUCUUCUGUAUGUAUUUUGCAACACUGUACUUUUGCUCUUCAGAAUUUUGAGGGUCACCCAUGUUGAUAUGUUCAGGAUUGUGCUUUAUUCCUUUUCACUGCUGUGUAGUAUUCUGUUGUAUGAUUACAUCAUCCAUCCAUGCACUUGGGUUGUUUCCAGCUUUCUGUUACUAUAAAUAUUGCUGUUAUGAACAGUAUUGCUGCACAUAUCUCCUUGGGCCUGCAUGCUAGAGUUUCUCUUAAGAAUAACGUAUAGAGGUAGAACAGAUGAUUUAACAGGGUUUGAACCUCUUUAGCUUCCUUAGAUAAUGCCAAACUGUUUUCCCAGUUGAUUGUAUUCUUGCCAGUAAUAUACAAGAGUUCUGAUUAUUCCACUGUAUCACUAACUCCUGGACUUGUCUCUGGGCAUCUUUCACCUGAGCUUGUGAAGUGGAAAGGGGCCUUAAUGUCCUUUUCCAUGUCUAACAUUCAUAGUCUAGCUUCCUUUUCUCUUGCUCUCUUUCCCCUAUUCUUCUCUGGCUAUUGUCAAUUAAAAGACUGUAGCAUCCACACCCAGUAAAAGGAUGGAAUGGACGUGUCAUGUCUAAGUCUUGGUGCUCCUCUAGUUGGG